GAUUUGUGCAAGACCUCCACGGUUCAAACUGCUGCUCCUACUGCUGUCUCUUCUAAUUCUUAUUCUUCCUCAGAGACCGAUUCCUUUGGACUAGUCUGGAGUUCUUUGUCCCUUUUCUGAAGUUAGUUUUCUGGUACAUAUCUUCAUAUCUUCUUAAAAAGGAAAUGGCGAGGAGAGCGGACGAGGAAUACGAUUACUUGUUCAAGGUGGUAUUAAUCGGUGAUUCGGGGGUUGGUAAAUCGAACCUCCUAUCCCGAUUCACUCGCAACGAGUUCUGCUUGGAAUCCAAGUCCACAAUUGGCGUCGAAUUCGCCACCCGUACCCUCCAGGUUGAGGGAAAAACUGUGAAAGCUCAGAUAUGGGAUACAGCAGGACAGGAGCGGUACCGGGCGAUAACAAGUGCCUACUAUAGGGGUGCCCUUGGAGCACUUCUUGUGUAUGAUGUUACAAAACCAACAACCUUUGAAAAUGUGAGCCGGUGGCUGAAGGAAUUAAGGGAUCAUGCGGACUCCAACAUUGUCAUCAUGCUCAUUGGGAACAAGACUGAUCUGAAGCAUCUUCGAGCAGUUGCAACAGAGGAUGCUCAGGGUUAUGCUGAAAAAGAAGGCCUUUCAUUUAUUGAAACAUCUGCUCUUGAAGCAACAAAUGUCGAGAAGGCUUUCCAGACAAUUCUCGCUGAGAUAUACCGGAUAAUUAGUAAGAAGUCGCUUUCUUCAGAUGAGCCAGCACCUGCGAACAUCAAAGAAGGGAAGACUAUUGUAGUUGGGGGAUCGGAGUCCCCUACCAAGAAGCCUUGCUGCUCUUCAUCAUGAGGAUGGUUGUUACUUAUAUCUGUUCUCUUUUAGUUUUCCAUGCUAUCUUUUAUUUUAUUUUUUCCCUAUCUUGAUGGCGGUUGUUGCAUCCAUUGUCUUUUGUUUUUAUUUUAUUUUUUGGCUUUCAAAAUAUAUUUUGAACUACGUUUUGUUGUUGUUAUCAAGACUGAUUCGGAUUUCCUAAUGGAUGCGCUUGAUGAGGUGUA